AUGGGCAGGACCGUGACAGUGGCUACCUGUGCCCUCAACCAGUGGGCUCUAGAUUUUGAUGGCAAUUUGGCACGGAUUUUAAAAAGUAUUGAAAUAGCAAAAUACAAAGGAGCAAGAUACAGACUUGGACCAGAGCUUGAAAUUUGCGGCUAUGGCUGUUCAGAUCACUAUUAUGAGUCUGAUACACUCUUACAUUCAUUUGAAGUUCUGGCAAAGCUUUUGGAAUCUCCUGCCACUCAAGACAUCAUCUGUGACGUGGGAAUGCCUGUUAUGUGCAGAAAUGUUCGCUACAACUGUAGAGUGAUCUUUUUAAACAAGAAAAUUCUUCUGAUCAGGCCAAAGAUGAUACUGGCAAAUGCAGGAAAUUACAGGGAACUUCGAUGGUUUACCCCGUGGAGCAGAGCACGGUUUGUGGAGGAAUAUUUUCUCCCCAGGAUGAUACAGGAGGUGACAGGACAGGAAACUGUUCCUUUUGGUGAUGCAGUGCUAGCAACCAAAGAUACAUGCCUAGGGAGUGAAAUCUGUGAAGAGCUGUGGGCACCAAAUAGCCCUCAUAUUGAAAUGGGGCUUGAUGGGGUAGAGAUCUUCACUAAUUCGUCAGGGAGUCACCAUGUGCUGCGGAAAGCUCACACCCGUGUGAAUGUGGUAAAUUCUGCAACAGCAAAGAGUGGUGGGAUUUACGUCUUAGCCAAUCAGAAAGGCUGUGAUGGUGAUCGUCUGUACUAUGAUGGUUGUGCCAUGAUUUCUAUGAACGGAGACACUAUUGCUCAAGGAUCCCAGUUUUCACUGAAUGAUGUGGAAGUCUUGGUUGCUACACUGGAUUUAGAAGAUGUUCGAAGUUAUAGGGCAGAAAUUUCAUGUCGUAACCUAGAGGCAAGCAAAGUGAAUUCCUAUCCCAGAAUAAAAGUGAAUUUUGCUCUGUCACGUUCUGAUGAUAUAUAUGUACCUAUCUGUGAGCCAAUCCAGUGGAGAUAUCAUAGUCCUGAGGAAGAAAUCUGCCUUGGCCCUGCAUGCUGGCUUUGGGACUACUUAAGACGCAGUAAUCAGGCAGGAUUUCUCCUACCGCUUAGUGGUGGAAUUGACAGCUCUGCUACAGCUUGCAUUGUGUACUCCAUGUGUCGCCAGGUUUGCCUUGCAGUCAAGAAUGGAAAUCAAGGUGUGCUGGCCGAUGUACGUAGGAUAGUGAAUGAUGAGACCUAUACUCCUGAGGAUUCCCAGGAAUUCUGUGGACAUAUCUUCACCACUUGUUACAUGGCUAGCGAGAACUCCUCCCAGGAUACAUACAACAGGGCCAAAUUGUUGGCUGAACAAAUAGGCAGCUAUCAUAUAAAUCUAAACAUAGAUGUGGCAGUGAAAGCCAUUGUGGGGAUUUUCAGUAUGGUGAUGGGCAGAUCUCCCCAGUUUCGUGUCUAUGGAGGGAGCAGCAGGGAAAAUCUGGCACUACAGAAUGUGCAGGCUAGAAUCAGAAUGGUCCUUGCCUACUUGUUUGCUCAGCUGAGUCAUUGGGCUCGCGGGAUGCCUGGCGGGCUUCUGGUGCUCGGAUCAGCCAAUGUGGACGAAAGUCUUUACGGAUACUUGACUAAGUACGAUUGCUCCAGUGCCGAUAUCAAUCCUGUUGGUGGAAUCAGCAAGACUGACUUGAGAAGUUUCAUACAGUAUUGUAUGGAAAACUUCCAGCUUACAGCACUCAGAAGUAUUAUAUCAGCUCCACCAACUGCAGAGUUAGAGCCCCUGGCGGAUGGACACGUGUCUCAAACUGAUGAGGAAGAUAUGGGGAUGACAUACACAGAGCUCUCAGUCUAUGGCAAACUAAGGAAGAUGGCCAAGGCUGGACCUUACAGCAUGUUUUGUAAGCUGAUCAAUAUGUGGAAGGAGAUCUGUACCCCAAGAGAGGUGGCAUCUAAGGUGAAGCAUUUUUUCAGGAUGUACUCAAUUAACAGACAUAAAAUGACCACCCUCACACCUGCCUAUCAUGCUGAAAACUACAGUCCUGACGACAACCGAUUUGACCUGAGACCUUUCCUUUACAACUCCACCUGGUCCUGGCAGUUCAGGUCUAUAGAUAAACAAGUUUCCAAUCUAGAAAGUAAGGAAGGGAAACCUGUACUUGAAGAUGUGGACUGA